AUGACUCGAGAACUUUUUGAUUUGCUUCUUGCCUUGGUUCGCGAUAAAUUAACAAAGCUAAGGCAACGUAUUGGACCAGAAGAGAGAGUAGCUAUUACUCUUCUCUAUUUGGGUCACGGAUGUUCUUUGCAGUCUAUAGCAUGGAGCCAUAAGCUUGGAAAGUUGACCGUGCGCGGGAUUGUUCUCCAAACUUGUGAAGUUUUGUGGCGCACACUUUCACCAAUUUACCUCAGUGAACCCACUACUCAGCAAUACAAAGACAUCGAAAAAGAUUUUAAUUCUAUGUGGAAUGCUCCCAAUUGUGUAGGUGCCAUAGAUGGCAAACAUGUUGGAAUAAAAAAUCCACCCAAUUCAGGGUCAAUGUUUUAUAAUUAUAAAAAACAUUUUAGUUUAGUACUAUUGGGAGUAUGUGACGCUAAAUACACUUUUACAUCGGUCAGUGUCGGAAGCUUUGGCAGUCAAAGCGAUUCAGGAAUAUUUCGGUUGUCACCUUUUGGAGAGUCUGUAAUGACGGGAAACGUACCUGUGCCACCACAUAAACCACUCAGUGCAUCCACUGAUGAUCCAUUUCCGCAUUACUUCAUAGGUGACGCUGAUUUUCCUCUACGGAAUAAUUUAAUGCGUCCAGGCUCAAAUUUAGAUACCAAAAAAGCUAUAUAUAACUAUAGACUCUCUCGGGCAAGACGUGUAAUUGAAAACUCUUUUGGAAUAUUAUGUGUUCGUUGGAGAAUACUCUUGACAACAAUCGAAAUGGCACCGGAAAAUGUAGAUGUUGUUGUACUUGCAUGCACGGCUCUUCACAAUUUUAUUAUGUUAAAUGAUCAAAAACGAUGGUACUGUCCAGAGGGAUAUGUAGAUCGAGAGGCAAAAGAUGGCACUGUGCAAGAAGGAGAGUGGAGGAAGCAUCUUCGAAAUAGUGCUGAAAGACCUAUGCGAUCCUUCGCAACAAAUAUUAGAAGAUCCACUCAAACGGCAAUGGAUUUGAGAGAUAGGUUGGCAGAUUAUUUUUGUAAUGAAGGUGUAUUGCCAUUCCAAUACAGAAUGAUAUAA